CAUUGCCGCCAAAACCUUGGGCUGCCCGUGAUUGGUCAGCUGAGCGCGCCAACACUUGUCAGGUGCUGAUGAUGACGGCUGUGCCCAGGCGAUAAUAAAAAAAUCGGCCGGUAGGUGGGUACAAGUGUUGAUCUCGUUCGCUGAUUAAAGGUGAGCUUGAGAAGGUGAAGGACAAGCUUGGCACUCCUGGCACUGCGGCACCAUGACCCUGGAGGCCAUCAAGUGGGGGGGCAGGAAGCUCACCAUCCUCGACCAGCUGCUGCUGCCCCUAAAGGAGGAGUACAUUGAUGUCACGAGUGUGGAGGACGGCUGGGUGGCCAUCAACAAAAUGCAGGUCCGAGGUGCCCCAGCCAUAGCCAUUGUUGGGUGUCUGAGCCUCGCCACAGAGCUGGCCCACGGCAGGUACAGCAAUGCCUCAGAAGUAGUGUCACUGGUGCUGCAGAAACUCAAGUACCUUGUCACUGCCAGACCGACUGCUGUCAACAUGGAGACGGCAGCCAAGAAAUUAACUUCCUUCACCAAGAACUUAAAGAAUGAAGGGAAGUCAGCGGAGGAAAUUGUGGAGGAAGUGAUUGGUUGGUGUGAGAAGCUCUUGGAGGACGAUGUGACAACUAAUGUGAAGAUUGGCAAACUUGGUGCAGCAGCCGUCCUGAACCACAUUGCUGGGGGUCGCAAGGCUCGGCUCCUGACUCACUGCAACACAGGGUCUCUGGCCACAGCAGGAUAUGGCACUGCCCUUGGGGUGGUGAGGGCCCUGCAGGAGGCUGGUCGCCUUGAGCAUGUGUACUGCACAGAGACACGCCCUUACAACCAGGGGUCUCGACUGACUGCCUUUGAGCUGGUUGCCGAGGGUCUGCCUGGCACCCUCAUAUGUGACAGCGCAGCUGCAGCACUCAUGAAGGAGAAGGGCAUUGAUGCUGUGAUUGUAGGUGCUGACAGGGUAGCAGGGAACUGGGACACUGCUAACAAGAUUGGGACAUACCAGCUAGCAGUUGUCGCCAAGCACCAUGGAAUCCCAUUCUUCGUUUGUUCCCCCACCACCUCCAUCGACCAGACCCUGAGUGGGGGAGCAGACAUCCCUAUAGAGGAGCGUUCACAUAAGGAAAUAACUGAUGUGGCAGGAACCAGAAUUGCUGCUCCUGGUAUAGCUUGCUGGAACCCUGGCUUUGACAUCACACCUGCAGAUCUCAUCACUGGAGGGGUUGUGACAGAAACAGAGGUCAUUGUCCCUCCUUCUGCCACUCUGAGCAAGGCAUGAGUGGAUAGAGAUGAUAGGGCAACAUGUGUAAGACUAAAUGGGUGGAAUAAAUCAUUGAAACAUUUUGAGGAAUAAUAACAAAAGAAGCAUUCACAUGGUUAUGGUUGGGGUAUUCCUCUUUGAAUUCAUUUUAGAUCAUUUGUUUCUACUUUAUUUUGUGUCUUGCAUCUUCUGGUACAUUCACCACCCACAUGUCUUCCUUUUCAUUUAUAAAACCUCUCUAUCUCCUGCCUAGUGGAUCCAUCUCUAGCAUCCACCUCCCCACAUAAGUACCUACCUCAGCUUUAUGUCUCUAUCUCCAUCCCCUAACUUAUGUACUAUGGCAAAAUAAAUAUGCUUCAGGAACAUUAGGACUGUACUGAACAAAAAAUGAAAACCAGCUGCUGACUAAAUUUUUGUGGGAUUCAUUGACACUAACAUGUUUUUUUCACCCAUAGUACAUGUGUUGACAGUGCAGCUAGUUUUAGAAGUUGAGGGAAAAGAAGCAGCUAAGAAAACGGAAAGAGGGAGUUAUAUAUCUAAACAAUAAACGAGAAGAAACCUUGAAUCAAAUAGUACAAAAGUAAACAGCCGUGACAUAUUACGAACUUAUGAUCACCAUGUCUCUGUUACCUGCUUCCUAUUACUAGUCAAUAAAGAAAUGUAACGGUAUAUAACGGAGUACACGUUUAAACUAUUUUAUUAACUAGAGUGGGGGAAGGGAAAAAUUUGUGUGCCUUAGUGGAGUGAGUGUAAUAGUGUUUAUGGGAAGUACAUAUCAUUGAGGAGUUUUAAAGUAGCUACAGUUAUAUAAUUUACUGAUCAUUUUUUGUAUUCUGCUUUCAUUUAUAGAUUAAGGGUUUCCAAUCUCUUAUAAUUUACUGACAAUGGUUUGAUGUUGUGCUUCCAUAUAGAGAUUAAAGGUUUCCAAUCUUAUAAUUUACUGACAAUGUUUUGAUGUUCUGCUUCCAUAUAUAGAUAAAGGGUUUCUAAUCUCUUAUAAUUUACUGAAUGAUUUUUUUGUUCUUCCAUUUAUAGAUUAAGGGUUUUCAGUGUUAUGUGUCCCGGUGGCCUUUUAUGAAUAAGGAUUUUAAAGGUAUCUUGGUUUAUGUCCAGGUCUCUGUAUGAGCAGUGAGGUGUCAAGAUUGCUGGGAAUCCAUUGUUGUUAUGUGUGGGUUCUCAAAUGUCCACACAAGUGUUCGUGAUUGCCCUUGUUACAUACAACUACAGUUUGACACCAUCUAGCAUUGUACAAAUAAUUGCUUUUGUACAACUUAUCUUACCACCAUCUAAAUAUGUAAGUUGCUCAGUUACCAGUGUCUUCCACAAGUAAAGUUAGAUGGUGUCUAUUCUAUUUGGAUUAUAAGAUUUAGAUAGAAAUGGAUUUAUAUAUUAUUAUAGAAUAUGAUUUUAUAUUGUAUCACUCAGAUGGAUAUUUGAAAAACAAAUUUUUUAUUGUUUGAACAAGAUGAAAUAGGCAUUGAACAUAUUUUCAAGAGUUUUAAAAAUGUUUGAGAAGAUUUAAUAAAGUCUAGUAAUUAUC